AUGGCGAUGGCGUGGCCGAUGCCAAUGGUUGCGGCUAACCCCACCGUAGCACAGGGCUGCUUUGGGAAAGUCUACAAGGAGAUCUACAAUGGUCAAUGGGCAGCUGUCAAAAAAGUCCCCUGUAACAGGGUUCAACUCGAAGACCUGCAGCGAGAAGCUAAAGUCUACAAAAAAGCUGUUCAUCCAAACAUUGUGAGAAUCCUGGGGCCCAUUACAAUCCAAGACUUUAAAUACGUCAUCCCUCUGGAGUUCAUCUUUGGGGAGGACUUGGAGACAGCUCUGUUCAAGCCUCAACAAUCCAAAAUGAGAUUGACAAGAGAUAUGAUAAAAACAAUCAUCAGGGGCAUGUGUGAGGGCCUGCUCUACAUGCACUCCAAAGACAUCGUCCACCAAGACUUGAAACCGGACAACAUCAUGGUGGAGGAGGGCACAUACAGAGCCGUCAUCAUCGACAUGGGACUGGCUAAGUUCUUCAGAAACGGCCUGAACUCUGCCACAGACAUGGGCAACCUGGAGUACUCUGCUCCAGAGGUCCUGACUUGGGGCGUCCAGCGCAGCCAGAGCUCUGACGUUUGGGCCAUGGGUAAAAUCAUCGCCGAGAUGCGCAGCGGAGUCCGAUAUCCCAGAGAGCAUGUGAAUCCUAGGACUGUGAGCACCAGUAUCAGGGGCAGUGUUUACUGCAACGUUGUGUGCAAGAUGGUGAGGAAAAACCCAGCCGACCGAGCCUCCAUGGCCCAAGUGAUCAGAGAAAUCAGGCAGGUGGAGAAGCCAACCCCUAUAUAA